AUGCCUCCCCGCCUCCACCCCCGCGCUUUCAGUGCUCGCUUACACCCCCACCCGCUCACAAUCCGCCCGCUAGCCACCGCGAGCGCAGCGUUUCCCCCGCCCCUCCCUCCAACCGAAGACUUCAUUUCCCCAACCCCGACCCACCUCCUGGACAUUGCGCUAUCACCCUACCUAAAUACUGCUCUCCACUCCGUCCUCCCCAAAUCACCCAAGCCCCUGCCGCCGGGCCACCACCUAGUCUACUUCCCCCCGCCAAUCCCAGAAUCCCAGCUGCUAGGGGAUGGCAGCGACGCGCAGCACUCUCCGACACCCCUCCUCCCGCGGCGAAUGUGGGCGGGCGGUAGCCUCAUCUUCAACUCCCCCGUUGAAACCUACACACACGCACUCCUCCGGGAAGAGAUCACGAACGUGGUCGAUAAGAACGGAAAGACCUUCGUUUCCUUUGACCGACACAUCUAUCCUGCCAGUCGUUCCGAUGUUGCCGCAAUAGUGGAGAAAAGGGACCUGGUCUUCCUCCCCCCCGCCACCUCCCCGCCCCCGCCCCGCCGUCGCAAUCGCCCCCCCGGAGAGCCGCACUUUUCCCGCGAGUUUGCGACAACCGAACAUCUGCUCUUCCGCUUCUCCGCGCUCAUGUACAAUGCGCAUCGGAUACACUUUGAUCCUGUAUUUGCGGCCAGCGUGGAGUCCCAUGCAGGCCCGCUGGUGCACGGGCCCUUGUCGGUUGUUUUCUUGCUCGAGUUGCUUAGGGCUGAGCGAGAGGGGAGAAUCAAGGGGUUUGUGUAUAGGUGUUUGGCCCCCGUGGUAGUUGGGGAGGUGAGUUCUGAUCCUCUAGAUUGGGCGGAUAGCAAAUGUGUGUAUGUAUGGCUAAUGUGAAUGGGGGGGGUAGGUGUAUAAAAUCUGUGGCAAGUUGAAGAGCAAAGGGGAGGUCGAGGGGCGGGUGGAAGCGGUGUAUUCGUUAUGGGCCGAAACAAAGAGUGGGUAUGCCGUUAUAGGGACCGCGACUGUUGUGGAGGAGUGA